CAAGAUCCCCAUGGUGAUUAUCUGCAGGGUCUGAACAUCAGGCAAAUCUGGAUAGAUCUGGCCCAGCCACGGAAAUUAGUGUUCAAUGGUCGUGAAUGCAUCAGACUGGUUGGUCCCAACUGUGGGUCCAGAGUCGGACUCCUGCAGUAACUACACUGAAGCUUGGCUGUGGCUGUCCUCCCUGCAGCCAGCUUACCUGGGUUUAAUCAGUGUCGUGGGGUUGGUGGGGAACGGCCUGGUUCUCAGUGUGUUUUGCCUGCAGAGGAAGUCCUGCACAGUGGCCGAUAUCUACCUGGGGAACCUGGCGGCUGCUGACCUGGUCCUGAUGUCCUGCCUUCCCUUCUGGGCUGUCACCAUCGCCCAAGGUUACCAGUGGGACUUUGGAGAGGUCCUUUGUAAGCUUGUUAAUGUGGCCAUCUCUAUGAACUACAUCUGCAGUGUUCUGUUCCUCACGCUGGUCAGUGUGGACCGCUAUCUGGCUCUGGUGAAGCCCAUGAGCCCCAGUCGUCUGAGGAGAACUUCAUGGGCAAAACGUAUCUGCCUGGGGAUCUGGAGCCUGUGCUUCCUCUUCAGUCUGCCCAUCCUGCUCUUCCGCACAGUAAUGCACGUAGAGGAUCCCGGUGUCAAUGCCUGCAUUCUAUCCUACCCCCACCCGGGAUGGAGUUUGCACCACAACAUCACCAGUAAUGUGCUGGGAUUUCUAAUUCCUGUUCUGGUAAUUGUUUACUGCACUCGUCACAUUGUGGCUGUGCUGAACAACAGGGGAGCCAGAGGACUCCCCGAGCUGAGGGCAGAGAGGAAGGCCACCUACUUGGUUUUGGCCGUGCUGGCUGUCUUCCUCUUCUGCUGGACACCACACCAAGUAAUGCGGUUUCUUGACACUUUGGAUUACUUCCAGGUCACGCCCGGAUGCCUCUGGGGUCAUGUCCUGGACAUCGGCAUCCAGCUGUCGACAUAUCUGGCAUACAGCAACAGUGCUGUUAACCCAUUCCUAUUUGUCAUUGUGGGGAAGCAUUUCAGGAGAAAGACAAAGGAAGUGCUUGGAAAGACUUUAAACCCCUGGUCUAAAGACCUGAGUGUGAGCUUCAUUUCAAUGAAUACACUCAAUGAAACACAGCGUAUAAAUCUUGAAAAAACUUGAAAAAUCUUUACCAUAACAAUAAUAUAAUCAUGGCCAGUGGCUGUAGGGACCUCUUCAGUACACACAGUGACCUGUGAUUUAAAACAUGAGCAUUUUAAGGUAUUGAAAAAAGAUUUUUUAAAUAACAAUGGACUAUUAUCACCUUAUGAGAGUUCUGGAGAAGUAUUUUCCUGUGGUGAUUAUUAAGUUUAUAAGAAAUUGUUUACAAAAUGUUGCUUGUUUACACAUCCAGCAGACACAGUGACACAGAAGCACUAAUCUGGAGUCUUGUUUGUAUCUAGCUGCUGAAUGUUGUCAUCACCACUCACCCAUUCACCCAUUCGUACAGCGCUGCUAUGUACUGUGCUUUUUCUGUCACAUUGAUCCACUGUGGAAAGAGAACAUCCUCCUCCUACUCCUCGGACAGACUCUUGAUGCAGUCCCCGCCCCUGAUAUGGAACAGAACACUUUGCCUGAUGCAGUUCGACAGAGCUGCUGAAACAACAAGGAAAGGCUAGAGCAGUUAACGUGAUCAAAAUGCAAAAGCUGAUUUGUAUAGAUUUUAAACAUUAAAAAUCGAAUUUAGUUCAUGAGAGCUGAGGUCAUAAAAUUAGAACACUGAGCAGAAGGACUUCUGUGUGGUCUGUCUGAGGGUGAUGUAAGGGUGUAAUUUUGAUCUUAUUUGAUUAAACUGAAAUAUGCUGAUUAGUGCAACUUUAACUGAAGCUUCUGGUGACGCAACAGGGUAUGCACUGAUCUGAUGUGUGUCCAUUUCAUGUUGAGCUCUAAUUCCUGGAGACCCUUGUAGUGCAAAUACUGACAAAUAGUCCACUUGUCUUUGUGCCUUUGUCCUUAUUUUGUUGAUGUGCUGAUAUUAAUUAUGAUCUAUAAAAGACUAGUUUCCAGUCGUAAAGAUUUAUGAUAUAACUGAUGCUAAAUAUAGCAAAUAUAGCAAGAUUUUUUUUUGUCUCUGAGCUUUUCCUGUCUAUCACUGGAUGACAUUUUAUGAAGCUUAACUAUUUAAAACCUGCACUGUUAAAGAAACUUACGGACGAUUGAUUAAGUGAAGAAAGGAAAGGCGAUAUAAUUCUUGAAAAAAUCUGUUUAACAAUGUGUAAUAAAAAAAGAUACAAUUGUCAUUUUUAACCAACCUAUGUUUUCUCUUGUAUGGAUACAGAAGGUGUUUUGACAGUUUUAAGUGCUCAUGUUAGAUUUGUAAUAGUCGCUUGAUUGUGCAGAACACAAGUGUAGAGUCACAAGAACGUUUUGAAAAUGUUUAAUGAAGAACAGAAUAAAUUAAUUAACACAUACAGUAGUUAUCAGACCCCCAAGUUCUUAUAGAGAAGAUGAUCCAAAUUAAUUCAAUACUCUGGUCUGAUUGAAUCCAGUUGAACAGGAGCUUUUACCGUCAGCAAAUCAUGUUUCUGGGUUGUAACACAAUAUC